AUUUUUAUGUGGCAAAGCUAGAGUUCCUGUCACACAAACAAAAGCGGCGGCGGCGGCGGGAAAGGGGUGAGUAAGAAGCGAUCUCUGAAAAUCAUCGUUUCUUCUUCUUUCGAAUUUUACAAAAAUGCCUUCAUCUCUUUGCGGUGGUAAAUUUUACGACACAUUCUAUCGAUUUGAUAACGACACGAAUAUAUAUCACUACAACAAAGUCACAUUCGUUGCGGAGCAGUCAUCAACCUCUAUUUUGAAAGAUACUGACCUUGUUACAUCCAUAAAAAAAUGUGUAUACAAUGGUGUAAAUGCCAUUUACUUUAUAGGUACCACAGAAGAAAACCUGGAAUUAGCUCUUUACUCUGCCGAAUUCGAUAAUGUUAGUCAUAACUUCACUUUUCAAGAGCUUCCGGACCCCACAAAUGGAUCAUUAAAUAAUAGUAGUACUGUCAUUUUACCUAUUGAUCACUGGACGGGCCUCCAGGGAUGUGUGAUGGUAGGUUACGGUAAAAGUUCUUUCGGUGUAGCAUGUCCAGAUAAGCCUUCUGUUAAAGUGCUUAACAAUUUAAGCUCUGGUAUAUCAACUACAAGGAACCUUUACAUGGCAAAUGAUAGUCAAUUAUACCAGUUGACAGCUGAAGGUUUAAAAAGCUUUUCAGUUACUACUGGCGAUAAAUUAUCUUCUAUAGCUAUAUCAAAUUCAUCUUCAGCCGUGUAUAAAUUCCAAAAACCCAACAUGAUUGAUUCGAAUGCAGUUUGGAAAAUAACGACAAGCGAGGAUUCAUCGCAGGCACUAUUUUAUAAUUCUGGCCCAAGCUUUCAAUUGAUAAAGACAAAGAGUCUGCCACGGCGAAUAUCAUAGAUACUUCAUUUAAUAAUCUAAGCUCGAAUUCUAUUGCUCUCUUUCAAAAUUCAAGCCUAGUUAUUCUCAAUAGAGCAGCAUAUCAAACUGUGCCUAUUAACCAGGUUAUACCAACCUC